CAGCUUUGGCCCCUGAAUCCUCUAUUCUGGCUGUUUUUCCUCUGCGGGCGCUGGGUUCAUGCGAGUGCUUGUUUUGACUGGCCUUUGGGGUAAUGUACAGUGCCUACCAGGACCGCGAGGAGUUGGAGGAUGAGCUCUAUCAAGAGGACUCUGGCCUGUCGGAGGCCGACAGUGAGCUGGAGUUCCACCUCUACAGCCAGCUCCACUACUCCUCAAACGCUGGAGAGAUCGAGGAGCUGGAGGCAGGAGCAGAGAAGCAGUAUGAGAGUCGGGAAAACCGGCAGGGAGAUGUGCUCGAAAAAACCAGAGAUGGAGACCAAGAACUGAAAUACAAAAAAGGGAGCAGACCUACACCAUCUAGCAAUGACCAUUUAAAGGUGAAGAAGAAGGCCGCAUUAAAGAAGAAAGGGAAAAUUAAAUCAAAAGGUCAGAAGUUAUCAUCAUUACGCUUUGAGGAGGUCAUUGUCAUCGACUCCAGCCCUGAUGUCAUCUCCAUCUCUGAUGAGGACAACGACAGUGAUGAUGAUGGUGUCUGUGCUUUCAAGGGUCAAGGUUCGCGCCAGCUGCAGACUUCCACCCCUGCACAAAAGGCGUUGCAGAAAGGAAGGAGUCCCUUGGUUCCGGUCGCUGUGCUUUCCAGCAGCACAGAAUCCUCUGAAUCCCAGUCAGAUUCGGAUUCAUCGGAUUCCACUGAUGCAGAUGAUCUGGAGAACUGGAUGAUCCUGGGUCAAGGGAAGCAGGAUGGAGACCGGUCCAUCUCACUGAAUGUGGAGGGAGGAUCUUACAGCAGUGGCACAGAUGCUGAAGAAGAAGAAGAAGAAGAAGAAGGAGGAAGUUGGAUUGUUUCAGAGAAAGAUAAAGAGGCUCAGAUCUUUAACAAAGGCCGUGGUCCCAGGACUUUCCUGCAGCGUCCGUCCAGCAGAUACUACACUGGGAAGAGUGUUCACUGUAGAAACUGCAACAAGACAGGACAUCUCUCCAAGAACUGCCCUGACCCCAAAAAGUUGAUGCCUUGCUUUCUUUGUGGGACAACGGAUCACCUGGCCAGUCAGUGUCCUAAUAAGCACUGCAACAACUGUGGCCAGCCUGGACAUCUCUUCAACUCCUGCAGCGAGAGAGCUUAUUGGCACAAACAGUGCCAUCGCUGCAGCAUGAGGGGACACUUCAUUGAUGCUUGUCCAGAGAUAUGGAGACAGUACCACAUCACAACUAAGAGAGGUCCUCCUGUGAAGCAACAGGAAGACGGCGGCGCUAAGUCUCCCGCAUAUUGCUACAACUGUUCCAAGAAAGGACACUUGGGUCAUGAAUGUAAACAACAGAGGAUGUUCAGUGGGGUUUUUCCCAACUACCCCUUCAUCAAUCACUACGACACGUUGAAGGACAUCAACCGCAGACAACACAGAAUAGAGAUGAAGGUUAAAGAUAUAGGAAGAAAUGGAGCUCCAUCUGCUGCGUCUCCCGCCCCUCCAACUCCUGGACCACCAAAAAAGAAACAAAAACGCAACCAUUACAAAGACAGCCCCAACUCUAAGCAUACGCCUUACCAAACCCCAAACAGAGCAAAUCCUAACCACAUCAUCUUCAACGAUGAUGACUUUGAUUCUACACCCAGAAGAAAGCCGGAUAAAUCACCCAAAAGUGGGAGCAGUGCAAAACCAUGGAAGCCUAAAAGGCCUCUUCCUGCUACAAGAGACCCAUUGCCAUUAAGUAAACUAGUUGUUGAUGAAGCAAGUGACUUUCCCAGAGGGGGAGGCCCUCAAGGAGACAAGGAGGGGAAAAUGAAAAAGAAGAGCAAGUUCAGAAAAAAACAGGGGAACUUAUUUAUGUCAGAGGAGCAAAAAGACUGGAAACCAGGGCAUGUUUACCGGACUGAGGAGGAGAGGAGUAGGGGCCCGAAACCAAAGAAUCAGAUGGGAGAGAAGAAAAAACAGAGAAAAUUUCCCAACAAGACUCCUAAAAAACAAGCGGGCAAACCGAUGUAUGAAGAAGAUAAUCUGUUUCUCAUUAAGCAGCGGAAACGCAGCAGAUAGCAGGGGCUGCAUCUGUCAGGAUAAUUAGGAUUGUGGAAUUUUAAGGCAUCUGAAGUGAGAAUGAUGGUAUUUAUUGUGGUUUCUCAUAAGCAGCAUUUUAACACACCAGUGAGAAAGGCUGUAAGGAGCCGGAUUACUGAACAGCUGAGUCCACUUAACCUUUUGCUUUCAUCUUUCAAGCUCUCUGUGGUCAGACCAGAACAUCCCAUAUUCACAGAGCUGAACAUUAUCAACAAACCAUGCAAUUAAAAUGUUACUGUUAAUUAGAAUAAUAAUGAUUCUGGUUGGCAUCAUCAUUACUCUUCUCUUACUUCCCUGAUCAUCAUAAGGAGGCCAAAAUGCUCCAUGUGCUUUGGCAUCGAGUAAAAGCUGCUCGGUAUACUACUGCCAUUUAAAGUGUGAAUGCAGGAAACCUGAAGUUUGAUCAAAUAUCCAAAAUUCGCCCCAAGCAGCAUAUUUACAGUGACAACUGAAAUUAAAUAUACAGUGUUGCUUUAUUCAUUUAGGAUACAUUCUUAACUCUUAUGCUAAGAUCAAAUUGUAUGACUAAUAUUCUGUUUUCAAUAAAUUCUUGAAGCGUUAAGUUUUCACACUGGUUUCAUUCAGAGCUGCCAAGUAGCAGAUAUCGUUUUAAUUAUUUCAAAUUGCGUCUGAAAUGGCUGCUUUAAAUGAUCAGCACAGUGUAAUGCUUCUUUAGGUGCUUUGUGGAACCAGUUCUUGUUGUAAUUGUCAAGAAAUAUGACUUUAUUACUAUAGCUAAGUUUAACAUUAAAGUAUUUCAAAUGUUCUUUUUUUUAACUCUGUAA